UUCCGUGUUUUUAUUUCUGCCGUCGGACCUCAUACGGAGGGGAGGAGGUCGGGACGCUCUCGCGUAGGUCUCAUUAGAGCAUUGCUUCAAUAUCGCUUCGCUGUCACUGACUAUGGAUUCACUGCUGCGGACAUAGCUUGCUGUUUACGUAAUUAUUUUUUCUAGUCCAUGUUUGUCUUGGCCACGUGAAAUCACAGCUAGCAAGGAUGAGUUUAUACGGGUCACAACGAGCACUGAAUAUCAGUCGGAGAGACUCCCGGACCGACCUCACGGGAGGCGGAUAUCCAUACGCUCGGAGCGAAAUGGUCGGGGGAAAUGGAUAUGCUCAAGAAUAUGUGGAGGGCUACUAUACUUACACCAAAGGGUCUGGAAGUGGCGUACAGAGGUCGAGCUCGCUCGCCGAACCACACCAGAGGGCCAUGCUCCUGCAGGACCAGUGUCAGGAUGCACUGCAGCGGGCCGAGAUGCUGCUGCAGGCUGGAGGAGGGGACGCUUCUCGUAUGAGAGAGGUGGAACAUUGUAUGGGCGUGGCGAGAGAAAGGAUCGAUCAGCUCAAAGGCAUUGCCGUAGAGCUUCGACAGAUGGGCCAACCCAAUGACAAUGUGGUUAGAAGUGUGGAGCAGUGCAGGGAGCAGCUGAAAGGUGUGCACAUGGCUAUGAGUAGCAGCAUGCAGAGGCGCACUCGCUCCAGUAGGGGGAGCAGCUCCUGGGAUGAGACGCCAGGGAGGAACUACCAGGAGGCCCUCGCAUGGAUCAGACAACAGAAGCGUCUGAUAGAGACGUGUUCCUGGGCAGAUGAGCCGGCCGGCAUUGAACAGCAGCUUCUGAAGCACAAUCGUUUCCACAGCAGCAUUCAGAGGAGCCCUGAAGUGGACAGAGCCAGAGAGGAACUGAUGCAGAGAGGUGAUAAAGGAGGACUCUAUUCACUAGACCAAGAAUGGGACAGCCUACAGAAGCUGUCGUUCACACACACUCAGCAUCUGCGUGAGCUGCAGAGCAUCACUGAGGAGAUCUGCCGUGAGAUCAUGUGGGUGAACGAGAGAGAGGAAGAGGAGCUCAUCUUCAACUGGGGACACCAAAACAUCGACACAUACAUCCCCCGCAAACAGGAGAGCUACUCUAGGCUGAUGAGUGCUCUUGAGGACAAGGAGAAAGACCUGAACAAGCUGAAAAUUAAGGUAGACAACCUGCUGAAGAGCAACCACCCUGCCUCCGACAAGAUACAGGCUUACAUGGAAACUUUACAGACUCAGUGGAGCUGGCUUCUGCAGAUCACCAAAUGCAUUAGUGUUCAUCUCAAGGAGAACUCCGCCUACAGCCAGUUCUUCAAAGAAGCAAAUGACACUGUCAGUCGCCUCCAGAGAGAUCAUGAGAAUAUCCGUAAAAAAUUCACUUGCAGUAAAACCACACCCCUGCCCAACCUGCUGGAACUUCUUCAGGCCCUGGAGACAGAGAAGGAGCGUCUUGUGGAGAACAAACAGCAGGUGGCGCACCUGAACAGCAAGGCCAAGCACAUCGUCAGGCUCAAGCCCAGGAACCCAGAGGAGAAGAGCAGCGGCCAGGUCAUCGUCAAGGCCCUGCUUGACUUUAAGCAGGACCAGAAAGUGAUCUGCAAGGGCGAUGAGGGCAUUCUGAAGGACAACACCCAGCGCAGUAAGUGGUUGGUGACCGGACCAGGGGGGCUGGACAUGACCGUGCCCUCCGUCUGUUUGCUGGUGCCUCCCCCGAAUCCUCUCAGCAUCAGCCUGGCCAGCAAGAAUGAGCAGUACUACGAGGCGAUCCAGUCCCUGUGGAGCCAGUUCUACAUCAACAUCAAGAGCCUAAUCUCCUGGCAGUACUGCAUCCAGGACAUCAACCGCAUUAGAAGCCUCACCAUCACUAUGCUGUAUCAGAUGAAACCGGAGGAGUACCACAGUAUCAUCAGAAGCUUGGAGAGGCACUAUCAGGAGUUCCGCCAGAACUGUCUCGGCUCGCAGAUGUUUGCCGAUGAGGACAAGAGAAGCAUCGAGUCACAGUACACCCACGCCCAGCAGCAUUACGACACGCUGGUCACACAGCUGCCCACUUACAGUGCGCAGCAGCAGCAGCAGCAGCAGCAGAUGCAGCAGCAGCAGCAGCUGAAUUUGAGGAAGCAGGAAGUCAAGCUUGUACAGCAGGAAGUGAAAAAGCAAGUGCCUGUGCAGACAAAGGUCGUGACCUCUGUCAGCUCCACCCUUCUGAGUGAUCUGAGCGCGCUCCGUCUGAGGCUGGAGGGGGCAGAGUCCCAGCUCACCCAGUACCUGCACAUCCCAGUGGGAAAGACAUGCACUGCUCACCUCACACAGCUACAGGGUGUGCAGCGCAAGGUGGAUGGAGUACGUGCAGAGUACGAGCGCUUGAAGCAGCUGAUCCUCCAGCAGCUGCAGGGGAUAACGGACAAAGACAAAGUCCAAUUCCUGCGCUCCGAGCUGGGCCACAUCAACCAGCGCAUCAGCCUGCUGGAGGGCUUCUCCAGAGCCUAUUUUGAUAGAUGUGAGGUGGUGUUUUCCCUGCAGCAGAUGGAGCUGCAGGUGGAGGACAUAGUGAAGGUGUAUGAAGCUCGCCUGACGGAGAGGGAGACCACAAGCCUGGACCCCGACAUCGUUCAGCAGGACAGCAGUGAUCUGCAGGCCAUGCAGGCAGAGCUUCGGGAGAAGGAGUCAGUCCUUAGUGACAUGGAAGCAGAGCUCAAGAAAGCACAGCAGCUGAAUAACCUAAUCGACCCUGCCAUCCACAAGUGUGACAUCGACCUUUCCCAGCAUGCCGAGCAAGUCAGCCAGCUCUCUGACCGCUGGCUCCGCAUCAAGAACCAGAUAAGCAGCAGGGUGAUGGACCUGGACUCCUACUUGGUGCUGCUCCGGCAGUACCUGCAGUCCAGCUCGGGCCUCAGCGACUGGAUCGGUGACACCAGGCAGCGUCUCGACACCAUGCGCGCUACCAAGAUGGACGACAUCACUGUUCUGACAGAGUACCUCAGCAAGCAGAAGGAGCUGAACUCUGAGAUUUUGGGGAAGAGAGGAACAGUAGAAUGUGUGCAGAGGGACGCAGACAACCUGGUGAAUUCCAUCAAGGACUAUGAGCUGCAGCUGGCCUCCUACGGUGCAGGCCUGGAGACACUACUGAACAUCCCCAUUAAAAGAAACCUGCUACAGUCCCCAGCUCUCACAGUCACACAGGAGGUUUCCACCUUGCAGACCCGCUACAUAGAGCUGCUCACUAGCUCCUCCGACUUCUACAAACACCUGGGUCAGAUGCUGAAGAACAUGCAGGAGCUGAAGCUUCGUGGCACACGGAUCGAUCUCCUUGAGGAGGAGCUGAGCCGUCUUAGGGACGAGUUGGCGUUGCGCAGCGCAGAGAGCCUGCGGCUCCAGGAGGCGAGCAGGAGACAGGAGGAGGAGCUGUCGCGCUCCCAGGACCAGCUCCUCACCUUGGAGGAGGCCAAGAGGAGCCAGGCCAUGAACCUGGGCUCCUCCCAGGACCGCCUGCAGGAGCUGCUGUCCAAGAUUCAGUCCCUGGAGCUCCAGCUGGAGGAGGAGGCGCGCAAGCGCAAGCUGGCGGAGGAGCGCUACAGCGAACUGCAGGGCGAGCAGGAUGAGGAGGCGCGGAGGAGCCAGCGAAUGCUGGAUGAAGCACGCAAGACCCGGAUGGAGCUGGAGAUGAGCAUGGCUGACAGGGACAGGGAGGCGGAACGCUUGCGGCUCCAGCUACAGGAGGAGGUGCAGAGGGCCCAGGAGGCCCAGCUGGAGCUGAAGAGGGCGCAGGAGCUGCACAGCUCAAAGCUCAAGGAGGUGCAUGAGAGUUACGAGUCCCGCAUCAGUGUCACCCAGACCAACGUGCUACUCCUGCAGCAGCAGAAGGGGGAGCAGGAGCAGCUGCAGGCAGAGAACAGGGAGGCGCAAGACGAGGCCAAGAGGCUGCGCCAGGCCCUGGCUGAGGAGCAGGAGCGGCGGAAGCGCGCCGAGGAGGAGGCGCAGUUGCAGAGGAAAGCGGCCCAGGAGGAGCAGGGCAAGCGGCGCCGCGUGGAGGUGCAGCUGGAGCAGAGCACCCUGACGGUGCAGGAGUACACUGUCACGCUCACCGCCCUGCAGAGGAGCCAGGAGGAGGCGGCCGCCGAGCUCAAGGAGGCCUGGGAGGAGGCGCGUGCCCGCCAGGAGGAGCUGGACCGACUGCGGAGGGAGCAGGGCAACUCCUCCAGCAUGGUAGCCAGCCUUGAAGAGGAGCUGAGGGUGCUCAUGCUGAAGCUCGCCCAAAGGGAGGCGCAAACCGGAGAGGACAACCAGCGGCUCAAGGAGCUCCAAUGCCUCCUGGAGGAGAAGACCCAGCUGCUGAACGAGAGCAUGGCAAAGAUCCAGCGCCUCCAGGCCCUCACGGAGAAGCUCAGCAAGGAGCGCCUGCAGCUGGAGGAAGAGGUCCGGACCCUGCGCCUCCAGCAGGGAGAGAUGAGGAAGGGCUGGGAGCUGGAGCAGGAGACGCGGAUCAGCGAGCUCACGCUGCAGAUAAAGACCAGCAAGAUGGCCUGCGAGGAGCACCUGCGCCUCCUCAAGGAGACCUCGGCAGAGCGAGAUAAACUCAGGGAAGAGGUGGAGAGGCUGAGGAAGCAAGUCAGCACGACAUCUGCUGAGCUGCAGCGUUCUGAGAAGCAGUGCGCUGAGCUGCGUAGCCAAAAGGGGGCGCUGGAGAGGCGCGUCAAGGAGCUGGAGAACAAGCUGGAGGAGACCCAGCGGCUGCACCAGAAGCUCCAGCAGCAGGUGGAGACCCUCCAGCACCAACUGACCACCCGCGAGGCGGACAUCAAGCGCCUUCAGGUGGAGAGGAGCGAACUCCUGCUGCGCAUCAAGAAGCUUGAGGAGAGGCCCGUCGUCCGCCACAUCAACACGCAGACCGACGAGCUGCGGCCUCUCCGCGACCCCGCCGCCCUGAUGUUCCAGGGCGUGUGCGCUCCGGUCAGCGCGCAGCAGCUGCACGACUGCGGCCUGCUAAAGCAGCCGGCGCUGGAGCAACUGCAGAAGAGCGAGCGCAGCGUGGACCAAGUGGACGCCCAGCUGCAGCCGGCGCUGCGCGGAGCGAGGGUCAUCGCCGGGAUGGCAGCGGGACCCAAGGGCAAGAUGACCCUGGCCGAGGCCCUCAGGCAGAAGCUGCUGUCACGCGAGAGUGCCGUCCGGCUGCUGGAGGCCCAGGCAGCCACAGGCGGGCUGAUGGACCCCACAGUGGACCCCCAGCGGCGUAGACGGGUGGAGGAAGGGCAGGCCACGGGGCUGGUGCCGCCUUGCUCAAGCGAGCGUCUACUGGAGGCCGAGUCCGCCUGCUUGGGCGUGCGUGAGCCAGGGACUGGCCAGCGCCUGGGCGUGGGGCAGGCUCACCGACGGGGGCUGAGAGACGAGGCCAUCACCAUGCAGCUGUUGCAGGCCCAGGAGGCUGUCGGGGGCGUGCUGGACCCUCGGCUCAGCGUCUUCCUCCCGCGCGACCUGGCGACCGACCGCAAUCUGCUGGACAAGGAGAUGUACACCGUCCUGAACACCAAACCCGCGUCCUACCUGCAUCCUCUCACCCAGCGCCCGUGCACCUACACCGCUCUGCAGGACACGUGCGUCGCUGACCCCUCCACCGGCCACCUGCUGCUGCCGCCCACCAAGGCGGCUCUGUGUGUCAAGGGUCUCCGAGCCGAUGUCCCCGUCUGGGAGCUGGUCGGCGUGGGUCUCCUGGAGCCCGAAGACCUGGAGCACCUGCUGGACGGCCGCCUGCGCCUGGACGACAUCCAGCUGCGGCUGCGCGCCUACCUGCGCGAGUGCGGCUGCGUGGCGGGCAUUACCGACCAGCAGAGUGGCCGCACUCUUACGCUGCAGGAGGCCCAGCAGGUGGGGAUGCUGAGCAAAGAAGCCACCCUGGAGCUGCUGGAGGCUCAGAUCGCCUGCGGGUUCAUCAUGGACCCACGAGACGGCCGAGGCUACACGGUGGAGGAGGCCCUCAAGAAGGGGCUGGUUGGAGCAGAGUAUAAGGAGGCUCUGUUGAAGGCUGAGAAGGCCGUGACCGGCUACAGCCAGCCAGGAGGUGGGCCUGUGCUCUGCCUCUCUGAGGCCCUGCAGCGUGGGAUGGUGGAAAGGAGCUACGGUCUGCGUCUGUUAGGGGCUCAGCUGAGCAGCGUGGGCAUUAUUGACCCCUUGCUCAGCGUCCGCAUCCCGCCCGAUACAGCAGUCCAGCGUGGCCUGCUGGCCCAUGACCUCCGUCAGGCGCUCGAAGCACAAGGGGCUAUCAGCUGGGGAUUCAGUGACCCCACCGACCCCAACAAUCAGGAGAAACUCCGCUACACCCAGCUGAUGAAGGAGGGCCAGAAGGACCCCAAGACCGGCCUGCUGCUCCUACCUGCCACUGUGCCCAGCCAGAAGAACACGGUCAGGAAGCGGAGGGUGGUGAUUGUCGACCCCGACAGCGGACGAGAGAUGACCGUAAAGCAAGCAUACGAGGCGAAGCUCAUAGACCAUGAGACGUACGUGGAGCUUGCGCAGCAGGAGUGCGAGUGGGAAGAGAUCACCAUCACGGCGGCGGACGGCUCCAAGCGGCUGGUUAUCAUGGACCAAACCAAGGGUCUCAAGUACGAUGUGCAGGAGCUGCUGGAGAAGGGCGUCAUCAAACAGACCCAGCUGGAUCAGUACCGCGCCGGAAAAAUCACUCUAGCGCAACUAGUGGACGCCAUCUGCGAUGGCACGAAGCGCCUCACGUCAUCGUCUGGUUUGAAGACCUCCACACAGACCUCGGCUUCCUCCAACUUCUCCUCCUCCUCUGGCACCAGGACUUCAGCUGCCUCCGCACCCUCUUCCUCAGCUACACCAUCUGCAGCCUCUGCUGCCUCUGUCUCCACCACCUCCAACUUCUCCUCCUCCUCUGGCACAAGGAUUUCAGCUGCCUCCGCACCCUCUUCCUCAGCUACACCAUCUGCAGCCUCUGCUGCCUCUGUGUCCACCACCUCCGCCUCUCCGCCUAAAUCCUCCAUGACGCACAUCAAAUCUCAGACCGUGUCCACAUCCUCGGUCAUCAUCAGCAGCAGCAGUCCUGGCAGGUUCAUCUCCGGAGAGCAGGCACCGCUCUCCCCCGGCCGCAUCACUAGCAUGUCAGUCAACCUGGCGUCGCCCAUAGCGACUGUAGGAGAGAGAAGCCCCGUGGGGGUCAUCUUCGACUCAGACACGCUGGAGAGGGUGAGUGUGACCGAGGCCAUGAGCAGCGGCCUGUUGGACAACCUCACCGGCCAGCGCCUCCUAGAGGCCCAGGCGUGCACCGGCGGUCUGGUCUGCCCAUCGUCUGGCCGUCGCCUCUCCCUACAGGAGGCCCAGCGCAUGGGCCUGAUCACGGACGAGCUGGCGUCCCGCUUGCGCCCGGCGCAGAAGGCCUACGUGGGCUUCGUCGAGCCGCAGGGCACGCGCCGACUCUCGGUGGCCGAGGCCGUGAAGGAGCGCUGGCUACCCCACGAGGCCGGCCAGCGGUUCCUGGAGUUCCAGCAGGCCACGGGCGGGCUGUGGGACCCACAGGAGGGCUGCCGGCGGAGCCUGGAGGAGGCGCAGGCCCGCGGCUGGGUGGACCCACGCUCUGCCCAGAAGCUGGGUGACCUGCGGCAGCACGCCCGCUGCCUCAUCUGCCCGCGCUCCAGCCUCAAGCUGUCCUACGCCGAGGCCCUGGAGCGCUGUCUGCUGGAGGAGGUCACGGGCAUCAUGAUGCUCCCAGCCGCAAAACCCUCGUCCACCCCAGGGUCCAGGUCAGGGUCGUGUACGGGGUCACGCUCGGGCUCGCGUAAAGGCAGCAUUGACCUCACCUCCUCCUCUUCAUCCGUAUAUACCAGCUUCAGCUACAGCUCUAGUUCCUAUACAACUAGCCCUUGAAGCGUACACAGUCACACACAAACAAAACACACAUGCUCACACACACACACACACACACACACACACACACACACACACAGAUUUUGAGGCCUUGCUGCCGCCUACAUGCAAAGUAAGAUAUAAUGCUGUAGACCUCAUGUGGUGGACCUAGUUUAAACUGCUAGCCAGCGCUUCAAGCCAAAAAAAACUGCUUUUGCUUCAGUAUAUUAGGGGUAAUGAGCUUCUGCACACAGGCACCUGCGGUUAACUAGUAUAUUAGCUGGAAGAGUUCAGCUUGUGCUGAAUGGGAGUUUGGGUUCUGGUUCAGCAUCUCUAUGCAAUAACCUUAUAUGAGAGAAACUCAGUAUUUUUCACAGUAUAAAUCUCUAUUUUGAUCUUUUCCAAAUACGGUAUUAAGUGGAAGGUGCAGAGGGUGUGAAAUGGGUGUGUGCUUGGGAACAAAUUAGGUCUCAUCUGUCUGAUGAUGACGACGAUAAUGGUGAUGAUGACAGCAAUGAUGAUGAUGAUGAUGAUGAUGAAAGUGCAAUGCAUGACUUGGUGAAGGCUGGUGAAGUAACUUUUUUUAAACCCUGGUGCUGAAUUGAUCCCUAAUCUUACAAUAACCUCAGUGCCAUGUUAACGGUGUAAUUGCUUACUUAUGACUUUAGCCUUUUCAUCAUUAAUAAAAAAAUAA